UCAACGUAGAAUUAAGAAGGUUGAUUCUUUGCUUUUUAUGACUGCCCGUUCCUCCCUAUACUUAAGCGCAUUCCGACGGAAAAGCACCUGACCGCCGCCAGAUCCGGGCCGGGCAGAGGAGAGCACUGAGAAAAGUCGGCAGCUUCUUCCUGUGCUUCUUCUGCUUCCUCAAAGGCUGGUUUUGAGAAGCAGACUGGGACUUUGCACACUACUGUUUUACUGAUUUGCGUUGUUUGUGUGGGCGACUCAGAGCUGACGAUAUAGUGUUUUAAAGAUGGGAAUAUUGGCGUGGUCUUCAAAACCCGAAGAAAAUAAGGAUUCUCUUCCUUUGAGAUCAAACAGAAAGAUCUGCUGGGAAAGUCGAGAUGGCUUCAAUAAAUGUUUGGAUAAAAUAGAAGUGAUAAACCCUCUUGAUCCAGCAAACAAAAAGAUAAUCGAGAAAAACUGCUCUGCUGAAGACAAAAGGUUUCAACAGGAUUGUGCUACUAGUUGGGUAAAGUAUUUCAAGGAAAAGAGGAUUGUUGAUAUCAAAAAAGCGAAGAUUCAAAAAGAAAUCGAUGAAAACAGAGCCACUCAACUUCCUUUUACAAUAGGCUAAAUUGUUUUAUUGUCGAGUCAAUAAUCCAAAAAAGAUUACUGCUCUUUUUCAAAAAAAUAAAAAUAGUGUUUUUCAAUUUCAUAAAAUGUGUAUAUGGUCCUUGUAUAUACGGUACAAUCAAUUAACAAUAUGGUUUUUGUAUUUAGUGUGGAUAUUUUUAAUAAAAGUCUUGACAUUUCAAAUAGUUUUGUGAGUUAUUUAAUAUAAUAUUAUAUUAGAAACCUUUAUAUUCACUUCUAAAACAAAUACUUUGAUAAUAUAUAAAAAUAAUGAACAGAAAGCUAUCACCAACAUCAAUAAGGUAGAAAUAU